UAGUGAUCACAACAAUCUCCCUCACCAUCUCCUUCAUUACAAUCUGCCUCAUCACAAUCUCCCUCACAAGCAUUUCUCUUUCAUAAUGGAUAUUGACAAGAUCACUACAGGGAUUGACGAGUCCGCUCCAGAGUCUUGCACUUACGACGACUGCAAAAAAAAUUUGGAUCUUGCAUUUGUUCGAAGUGAUGAGCAGCACAUCUUCAAUGUCACACCUCAAUUGAGAGAUCAUUAUAAUCGGCAUCAUAAUGACAGUAACCCAGUCGAUUUGAUCUACGAAAUCAACAAUGUCAAUCGCAAAUUCUUAAUUUACCGGGGAAGUAAGGAUGCGAGGGAGUUCUCUUGUCUUUGUGGGAGACUUAUUCAGGACCGUAAUUCAGUUCGAAGGCAUUUCAAAAAUUGUGCACAUUUGUCAUUCUUGGCGCCACUUCUUGCACUAGACCCAGACCCCAUCAUUUUCCCUUAUCAAUCCAUCCCGCCACCUCCAGAAAUACCUAAAACAAACAAGGGCAAGCAAAAUAAACAAUAUCUGGACUUUAUGACGUUUUCAUUGAGAAAAGUUGCAUGCGAGCUGCUUGACCAACGAGAGAAGACCAAGGAACAAGUAAAUAGAAUGCUCCAUCUGGAGGAAAAAAUCACCCGCCUUUCUGAUCAGCUUCAUCAACAAGAAAAGAUUAAAAGCGACAUGCAUGAUAAAAUAGAAUCACUGGAGCAGUUUUUAAUAGAAAAGAUUGAUUUAGUAACACAAUUAUUAAAAAAAACUGAUUAGAAUAAAGCUUGACAAAUAAAA